CCGAGCGGCCAUAUUUCCUUCUUUUCCAGUUGUAGCUCGCAAAGUUCGCAAUGGGUCAUCAAAAUAUUUGGUAUUCUCACCCCAGAAAAUACGGACAGGGGUCCAGAUCAUGCCGAGCAUGUUCGAAUAGGCACGGAUUAAUCCGUAAAUACGGUUUAAAUAUCUGCAGGCAGUGCUUCAGGGAGUACGCCAACGAUAUUGGAUUUAAGAAGUUGGAUUAAGUGAUCACCAACAAGAAUUUCACAAUUAAGAUGUUAUGAUUGUUUUAUUGUAGGUUCAUAAUUGCGAAAUUCACAAUAAAACACCAUUUAUUUUAAGUUAAAA